CACUGUCACAAGCCCUGCACUUACUUUACAAAAAAAUGUAUAAACAUAUAAAUAAUUACUUCAAUAAAGUAUUUAGGCUAAUUUGGAGAGAUAGCACCCUGACGUCAUUUGCGUGGUUUGUCCCUGGCUCCAAUAGGGUCAAAACUCUAGUUCCGAUGAUAGGAAUAGGGUCAAAACUCUAGUUCCGAUGAUAGGGUCAAAACCCAGGUUAGGGAUAAGUUUAGGGUUCAGAUUAGGUUUAAGGGAUAGAAUUAGGGUCAGGUUAGGUUUAGAGAUACAUUUAUCAUUUAGUUUAGGAUAUAAGUUCGCGUGUUACAGCAACCGAGAUGGCAGCUACGUGCUAUCUCUCCAAGACCAAAUAUACCAAAAUUAUAUUCUUCAAGGGAAUUGGGUAAAAGUGUAGUUCAGGUGUGAUAUUAUUUCUUAACGAAUGUCAUAUUAUAUUUGUUAUUAAAUUAACUCCAUGUAAUAAAUAAAUAGAAAUUUUAAAAUAUAGGCCCUCAGGGACAAAAAGUUAGUUAGGCUAAGUGCAAAUAAAAUGAUAAAAAUACAGCUAAAAAAAAUAAUAUGAUAACACUAUCUAAUAACUUGAGCAUUUCGAUUUUUCAUUAGUUCCACAUUUCUCGCAUUAUAAUAGGUUAAAGGCUAAAGGCUAAAGUACAUUUACAACUCUUUUUUAAAAUUUAGAAAAAAUGCCAAUUUUGCAGCUUUUUAAAUUAAAUUCAUAUCUUCACUUUAUUUUUUUUACAUUUUUUUUUUAGGAAUUUGAUAGACAGCUGGUUUGGCCCCUCCCCACUACCAAGCCCCCCCCUCACUACCCACCCCCCCCCUUUCCAAAAUGCAUGAAAUAAACACUUGUAGCAAGCAAAAAUUAAUUUUAAAAAGACUGAUGUAAGUGAACAACAAGGAAGUUGUGAUGCGGUGUAAAAUAGGGAGCAGCUUAAAAUAGAGAGAGCCCUGUUUUUAGAACAAUCAUACAGUAUUUUUUAGAUGAAUACUGAACAGGCAUCUAGAUUUUGUAUUUUAUAUUGGAUCUUCAAAUACACUGAGCAUAGCGAUAUUUCACUGGUUCCACUAUUUAACUAAUUUUAAGAGUUAUUUAAAUGACUGUUUAUGAUUAGUAUUUUUUUUUCUAAUAGAUGAUGUUGUACACAUUUUUCUUUCACCCCCCACCCAACCCUCAAGAGAGAUGACUGAAAGAAACACUGGAAUCAAACAGUGCAUGGGCACUGGAUAAGAUUAUAGCAAGUGACCACUGAGUCCAGAAAGAUUGAGAACCACUGUCCCAGACUAGGACUGUCUAGAGCAGUGGUUCUCAAACUUCCUGAUGCAGCGACCUUUAAAUACAGUUCUUCAUGUUGUUGUGACCCUCAACCAAAAAAAUUACUUUUGUGGCUACUGCAUAACUUCAGAGUAUAUGUGUUUUCCAAUUGUCUUCAGCGACCCCUGUGAAAGGGGUGACGACCAAUGUUCCCUUUAAGCUGCGCUUAGAGAAUAUAGUCUUCAGAUAUAUAAUCUGUAAAUUUAAUUUAUUACAAUCUUUUAGGGAAUAAGUUGCCAUUGGUUGGUACACUAUAAGGGUAUUAUUGUAUAUCGUUAUCUACAAUUGUACUGGAUAACAUUUUUUUAAAUUAUAGAAAUGGAUGAAAAAUAUCCUGUCCACAAAUCUGCAAAGAAUGGUUUUCUUGAUGAUUUAAAAACACUGAUCCUUUCUGGCAAGCACGAUGUCAACCAUGCCACUUUUGAGUUGGUGCGACCACUUCAUGAAGCCUGUCUGUCUGGGCACUUGGGAUGUGCACAAUUUUUAUUAGAAAAUGGAGCAAAUGUUUGUAAUUAUUCUUUAAUGGAAACUUCCAAUUCAAGAAAUGUGUAUGCCAUUUUUAUUUUAAAAAUAAGCAAAUGAAGAUAAAAUAACUCUAUACAUUUGUUUUACAUGUACUAAAAAUUUAAAUAAUCAAAAACUGAAUUGAAGCCUGAAUCAAAAGACAGGACAAUAAGAUGUCAACGUUUAGGCUUAGAGCCUUCUUCAGCAAAACACUACAAAUAGAAACGUUCUCAUCUUUAAUUGUCCUGUUUUUUUUAAAUCAGGAUUCAGCAUACCUUGUUUUACUAUGUCAUAUUUAAUUACAAUUGCUUUAAUUGCUGUAGGUGAAUUUGGCCAACAUUGAUGGUGCCACGGCUCUGUGUGAUGCCUGCUCCAAUGGGAAUGUUCAACUGGUUCAACUCUUGCUUGAUCACGGUGCUUUGGUGAAUCCACCCCUUCUGUUUUCAACACCAGCCCAUGAGGCAGUCUAUAGAGGUACAGCAGUUGUUAUAGUUUAUAGCAGUUGAUAUCUUUUUUUUUUUUUUUUUUUAAUUCAGUGAAAAAAAAAAAAUUCAAUGAGCCAAAAAUAUAAAUAAAAUAAGGAUUGAGACUUAGAGGAAAAUUAAACUUAGGACUUUAUUAUGUGUGUGUAAACUUUGGGGUUUUUUGUUUUAGUUUAUAGCAGUUGAUAUCUUUUUUUUUUUUUUUUUUUAAUUCAGUGAAAAAAACAAAAUUCAAUGAGCCAAAAAUAUAAAUAAACUAAGGAUUGAGACUUAGAGGAAAAUUAAACUUAGGACUUUAUUAUGUGUGUGUAAACUUUGGGGUUUCUUAUGUGUGUGUAAACUUAAGGUUUUCUUAUGUGUGUGUAAACUUAAGGUUUUCUUGUGUGUGUGUAAACUUAGGUUUUUUUUAUGUGUGUGUAAACUUAGGGCUUUCUUAUGUGUGUGUAAACUUAGGAUUUUCUUAUGUGAGUGUAAAUGUAAGGCUCCCCUGUGUUUGUGAGCAUGCACAUAAAUGUCCCAUUCAAGCUCAAGGCCAGUAGUAAACUAAUAAUUAUGUACCAGUAAUGUAACAGCAAAUUUCUUUGGUGUCCGUCAGAUAAUUGGGAGUGCCUACUCCUUCUGCUCCACCACGGAGCUCAGGUUGAUAAAAGUGAUUGUAACUUUGGUACUCCGCUGCAUGUAGCAGCCUGCAAAGGUAUGUCCCUCAUUAUCAUCACGUUGUCUCAUUAUCGUCAGGUCUUCCUACUAUUAAAAUGUUUUCUCAUUUUCCUCUAUUAUUUUCCUUUUAGGAAAGUGUUUUCCAACCUUUCAUACACUCUGCACCUAGACACUAAAAAUGUAACAGCAUUUUUUGUUUUACAUUAUUGGACCUCAAAUUAUGGGAUUUUUUUGUUUUCUGGUAAAGACAACUGUAGAACUUAGAAAAUAAACUUGUGACUUAUUACACACAGUUAGAUGUUAAUUAAAAUAAUUUUUUUUAAUUUGUAAAUUUAUAAACAUUUAUUUCAUAAAUUAACAUCUAAUGGCUCCUCAGUUUUUAUAGUCAUGUUGCCUCACAUCUUUAGAAAUGUCACCUUGUACCCGAGGUUGGGAAGCCCUGUUUUAAGGGUUGCGAAAAUUGUAUUUGAAGAAUCCACCACUAGACUCCUAAUGUAAUCAUACUAGAAGUCAUCAUGAUAUUUAGUACCUCUUUGGGGUACUGGUAAAAAAAAAAAACUCUGGUCACUUGCUAAUUAGUUAACAGAAAGGUAUAGACUAUUAAAAUUUGUGGUACUUGCCAAGUAUUUCAAAAUUUUAAUCAUGUGCAGAAUUAUGAUUGUUAAAUCUCAGUAUUGUUUCCUAAAGCUUUAAUCGAUGCAGUAUUAAAAUAACAAGUUCUGCUUGGUGAGGUCAGUGAUUCCCAAAUUGUGCUCCACAAAAAAAGAAACAGAACACAUAAUCUGUUAGACAAAGGAUAAGCCAGAGGGGCUUUCCCAUAGACAUUGAUCCUAUAAAGAGCUCAGGUGGUCUUGGUGAUUUUUUUUUAUAAAGAUUCUUAUAAUGACCAUAUUUGUGAUAUACAUUAAAUGAUGACCAUUAUCAUGAUACCGGUUUGCAUUUAUUAAAACCACAUUUAAGAUAUACAUUUUAUAAUGACCAUAUAUAUGAUAUACUUUAAUAAUGACCAUAAUUAUAAUGUAUGUUUUAUAAUGACCAUAUUUACUAUAUACAUUUUUCCACAUGUAAACUUAGAUCUUUAAAUUUAAAUGCUAUCUCAUGAAUAGGUCAUAUAAAAAGUGCAGUGGUGCUGCUAUGUGCAGGGGCGAGUACCAAUGUGACCAAAACCCACCACGCACCCCUGCAUGAAGCUGCCAGGUGCCAGGAUCAUGAUUUUGUUAGCCUGCUCCUGGACCAUGGAGCAGACGUGUACGCUAGGAACAGCCAGGGCCUGACACCCAGGCAGCUUGUACCCAGCAGCACGUCCUUGUGUAAAUCAUUGCUCCAGGAUUGGGAAAGUAUGCAGUAAUUUCUCAGCACCUGUUGCGUCAAUGUUUAAGUCUCUGGCAGAUUUCUGGUCAUUUAAUAUUUAUAAUGUGAGGUUAGGUCGGAAAUAAAGUUGUUUGGUAUAAAAAUUGAUUCAUAAGAUUCUCCCUCCCUGUCAUUUCAAUGUUUAUUGAGAAUCAGUCGUCUAUAGUUUUAUUCUCACUUUAGGCUUUCACAUUAUCUCUAACCCAAAGUGUUUUGUGCUCUAUUAUUUUUAGUGGUAACCAUUUUUUCAUUGUACCAAUUUUUUAGCCCAGUUAAGCUGCUGUAAGUUGAAUAUUGGAAUAUUCAGUUUCCCUGCAAAAACUGUUAUUCAUUAUUUCAUUAGCUUCUGUGUCUUCAGGUUGUAAGCUGUGGUCAAUCGGAUUCCAAACAAUUUCUAUUUUACAACUGUAGUGUCUGUAGCAAUGUCAAUCUAUUAGCUAAUGUAUUCUUAUGUUUUUAAAUGUGGUAAUAAAGAAGUUAGAAGUUGUUUGGUUUUUUUUUUGUCAAUUUGAUUUUAAAAAAACAAGAGUUAUAAAAUCCACUUGUAACUGCAAUGUAAAAAAAUCAAACCUGUUAUGUAUCAAUUAGAUUUGUUUAUCGUGAAUUUCUGAGCAAUUAUAGUUAAGUUGAAUGUAGCCGUGAUUUUCACUGUAAGAAUGUGGCCAGAAAGUUUGAGUUACUGGCUUCUGAUUUAUUACUAGUUCAUAAUAUUCUAAAUUCUAAUAACUCUAUUCAACAUUAUUAUCACACUACAAGAUAAUACUUAAUAGUAUGCCUUUCAACUUAUGAAGACAUUUUGUAAAAAAUAAUUUUCCUUUCAACAUUAUAAGGAUAUCAAAAAAUACUGAUACUCCUUUCGAGUUUCUGAAAGUACCAGAUCAUCAAAUUCCUUUCAGCUUUAUGAAAUUUAAAAUGUACUCGCAAGCCCACAAUUUUAAAUUUCAUUUUAUUAUAUAUUUUUAUCAGGUACACCAAGAUCAUUAAAACAUUACUGCAGAUUGACUAUACGUACGUCCCUCGGCCCAAGACGCUUGAAAUAUUUGUCACAUCUAGGCUUGCCCAGGAUAAUAGUUAAAUAUUUGGAACAUGGUUAGUGUGCCAAGACCAUUUUUAAACUGGGUGGUUUUUCAAUUAUUUUUAUUAGCUUAGGGUGCACUAAGUCAUCUUUUAUGUCAUAACAAAAAUGUAUUGUCACAGAAUUUUACUUAUUAUAAAUAAUUAAAGAAUAUUUUAAAAUCCAGUUUUUUAGAUUAGCUUACAAGUACAAGCUAAUUAUCAGGAUAUUUUAUAACAUAGAUUAUGCACUGUGCCAAACCUGUAUUGUCUUUGUAGUUCAAAUACCCAGCAACUUUUGGGCAAUGUUUUUAGUUUUAGUUUUUUUUUUAUAUUAAUCUUCCCAGUAGGUCUGUGAACACGAGUUUGGUGACUUGACACAUUGGACGAAAACCGCUGGCUUCAACUGAAGCUGUGAUAAAACAGUUUUUUAAACUGGAUUGCUUGUGCUGUGAUUGGGGAUUCUCUCCCUGGAUCCUGCUCGAUAUAUAGUAAAAAACAGACUUCCUAUACUACUUCCCCAUCCCAGGAAAACCCGCCCAUGGGUACACACUUUAAGAACACAAUUUUCUUUUUUUAUUUCAGCACGACCCAAGUUGUCACAAAAUAUCACUAUAAAGCUCUAAAUCUAGUUAACUGCACUAAAUUAUUUAAGUUUUAAGCUCAGUAGCUCUAGUACACAUGUACUUAAGCUUUUUCAAGUCACUACCACAUUUAUAUAUAAAAAAAAAGUGACCCACGAUACAGUAAAUAAAAGACUUUAAAGCAGGGUAAAUUCUUGGAAAUUAAAACUAGAUUUUUCAGAAUUGUAAAUUUUUGUCUUGAUUGAAGUCAUAACUCAAACUAUAACUAUAAGACAAACAUUAAAAAAAGAAACCUUGAAAAAAAAAUAUUUCUUUUAGUAUAUUGUUUUAGGUGGCGACCAUACAGAAAUCCCUUCGCAGCCCCAUUUGAGGUCACCUUUUAUGGGUUGGAGACCUGUACUCUAGUAACUUGAUUAUGGCAUGGUGGUGUUCAUAUGUCAGACUACCUUUAUAUUAUGAAAGUUUGUUUUUUUUUAAUGUCCAAAAUCAACAUAGUAAGAUAUAUAUAAAUAUAGAGACAUGUAUUAAAAUGCUUAAUUUUUUUUUAUAUUUGAAACAUACGUUUGCUAGUAAAUAUAUUUAGUGAUUCAUUGAAAACUAUACUUAAAGACCCUCAGAGAAUGCAAUACCCACAAAGCGUUGAGGUAUUUACUACAGGCAAUCAUAUCCAUUUUUUUGCUUAGCAAGGAUAUGAUCGGCUAGUUAUCCGUUACCUGGGAUAAGCUGCAGGAAAUGAAUCAUCUAUAGCAGCAAAGUGACAAACCUCAGAACUAGCUUUAACGAUGUUUUUUAUUCUUUAAUAGACAAUAACAAUUAAACAAAUAUAAAAAUCAUAGUUUGAUUCAUUCUAUAAUUAAUCUAUAAUUUUAAUUACCGGCAAAUUAAUUCUUUUCCCUGGGAGGAUCCAAGGAGGAAGAAAACUUUAUUCCCAUUUCCCGGACAUUAGAAAAACCUCUUGGGGGAAAUGAGAAACCCUAGCUGUGAUAUAUUUUUAAAACAGAUCUGUUUAUUGUAAUGGCAUUAUAACUUAAUUGUUCCUAAGGCAUUAACGAAAUGAAGCUGUGGUCUUUAUUCCUAGUACGGUACUGCUUCAGUGUUUGUGCAUGGCACAAUUUACUUAUUUCCCAUCUACCUUAACUUUAACAUGUUUGGCGCACUGUUUAUGUUGGAGAAAUUAUUGCUGUAUGUAAAUUAUUGUUAGUGUGUGAACUACCCAUGUUUAGCCAGCCAGCUGAAACUGAUAACUAAUAUAAACAUACACUUUUUCUGGUACACAUUUUCUUGUACCAGUAUACAUUUGCUUGUACCAGUACACAUUUUUUGUACCAGUAAACAUUUUUCAUGUCCACCUUUUUAUGUACACAUUUUCUUGUACAUUUUUGCCAUGUACAAAAACAAAAUCUAUGUGAUGGAAAUGAAGAAAAAUCUGCAAAACUUUUUAAGUCGUACAGAUCAGCGGUUUUCAACUUUGUUUCUUCUUGAAAUUCAACAGAACUUUGAUUAGUCCAAUGAAACUCUUUGAUUCACCAUUGAAAAGGCUGGAGUAAAAUCAUGGGUGGUGUCAUCUAAGAUGACCCUAACUAUUGUUCUGGCACCGGGCAGUUAUAAAUGUUGGCAUCGAGUUUUUAUCAAAAUCUUGUGGUGCAGGUACUUCAGCUCAAGUAUGGGUGCAGACCAGAACAGUGAUCCCCAAAUGUUGGUCAUUGGACCAGUAUUGGUCUGCAAGACCUAAUUUGCCUACAAAUAAUAUUUUUUUUUAUCCAUUGUGUUCAUCUAAAAUAAUUGAUAAGUGUAAUCACUUAAAAUGCAGAAGCUGACAAAUGACUUCCUACUAAAUUCUUAAUAAAUCUUACUGCCAGAUUCUCCCUUCACAACUUG